AGUGACAGUGCAUCAAUAGCGGCAUUUUCUUGUUUCGGUACAGUAAAACGUAAAACUAGUAAAUUACAGUUAUAGUAGUUGGUGCAGUCUUCUAGAGCGGUGUAGUCUCGGGCCCGCGGACCCGCUUAUGAGUUGUCGGUAUGUCAAAAGUUAAAGGGGGAGAUGCGUUCCAUCGAAUGAACUAUCUUUACCAGGUGUUGAACCACGUACUUGAGAAUGCUCCGUCAUCAAACAAUCUCCAUUGCUACUAUGGCCACACCAUGCGUAUGAUAUCACGUCGUAUUCAAGCUAAAUUGCAUCCGAGCAUAAAGCGUACCUUAUGCAAGAAAUGUAGCAUGCUGCUUUCACCUGGUGUCACAUGUACAGUUCGUUUACGAGGAAAGCGAUCCAAGCACCAAGUGAUAAGAUGCCUUACCUGUGGAACUAUAAAACGCUUCAAAACAAAGAAAGGGUACAGCUUGUGGUACGAUCAACCAGAGGCACAACAGAACUUCGGUGCGCAAAAAAAAGUGGCAAAACAACAAUAAACUGAGUAGGUUCAUCUUUAAUUUUA